AGUUUUACCCGACUUUGUGGCAAGGGAAAUGAUCAAAGAUAUAGAAAGAGAAGAAAAAGGUGGAGCUUUCCAAGUCCAUCAGUUCCACAAGAUUUACAUCCACAGAUAUGAGAAUGUUAGCAUAUUGUUUGCUGAUAUCAAAGGUUUUACCGCUUUGGCAAGCAAGUGUACAGCUCAAGAGCUGGUGAAGAUUCUGAACGAACUGUUUGCCAGAUUCGACCGACUUGCUCAGGAAAAUUACUGUUUGCGAAUAAAACUCCUCGGGGACUGCUAUUACUGCGUGUCAGGGUUACCAACUCCAAGAUCGGAUCAUGCACACUGCUGCGUAGAGAUGGGAUUGCACAUGAUCAAGGCUAUCAAGGACACAAGGCAACGAACACAGGUGGAGAACCUGGACAUGCGGAUAGGCAUUCACUCUGGAUCAGUACUUUGCGGUGUUCUGGGUCUAAGAAAAUGGCAAUUUGACAUUUGGUCUUCUGAUGUAAGAUUGGCUAACCAUAUGGAAUCUGGAGGAAAGCCUGGGCAAGUGCAUAUAUCUGAAUCCACGUAUCAAUCUUUGAAUGGCGCUUAUGAAGUAGAACCAGGCAAUGGGCAGGAAAGAGAUGCCUACCUCAAAGAACAUAGGGUUGUGACGUAUCUGAUCAAGCAAGUUGAACCUAUGAGAAGCAGGAGAAGACUAGCUUCUAGACCAAGUAUAUUUUCAAACAAACUUUGGCCAGAUGAUGAUCUAAAAAGCGGGAAUACAACUCCUAAAAGUCCUUCCACCCCUGUUUCCAUCCCAAUGCAAUCUCCAGAAGAGAGAAGUGAUAGUGGGAUACAACAAAGUGGAAUAGAUGAUGAGAAUACAACAGAUUGGACGCCUGAAAUACCUUUUGAAAAUUUGCAUCGUACACUGUCAAAUGAGCUGGAAGAAGAAACUGAAACUGUCUCAUAUAAACAAAAAUAUGAUACCGUCGAGAAGUACAAAAAGAGAAACUCCACUUUCAUCCCAACUGUAGAACAGGUGGAUGAUAUCAUAGAUCAUAGCAUUGAAAUUGAAAGCAAUAAAAGAAUGAGAAAUGCUAACGUUAAUCCGUGGACUCUUAGGUUCAAAGAUAAGGACAUGGAACUUAAGUUUAGUCAAUUGAGGGAAGAUAUGUUCAAAUCCAACAUGAUGUGCUGCUUCGUUAUUUGGUUGUUCAUAGUGAUUUGUCAAGCAAUUAUAGUAAACUUGGCGCAAUAUUUUGUUGUGAUAUGUAUCAUACUAACCACCCUAAUACUAACAUCCAUAUCGGUACUAGUGAUGGCCGAAGAAUUUGAGCAACUUCCAGUGUCGUUGCAAAAAAUAUCCUCGACUUUCAUGCACAACAGAAGAAGAAGGACACUUCUGAUAUGCGGAGUGAUAAUUCUGAUGUCAAUAAUGAGCUCAAUAACCCUUAUCAAUAUUAGUGAAAAUCCGAAUUUAAAUAUCACAGAAUAUAACAGCAAUCCUUUAGUUGGAGCAAGGGUUUUGAACGUGAACGUCCAAGCAACUGUUCACAACAACUUCACGAUUAACGUUGAGAAUAAGCCGAAUUGUACCGAUAACUGUCUCAAAAAGCUAAUAGGAAACAUAGAUAUAGAUGGAAUACUUAAAGAUGCUGAAAAUAUCACGAAAUUGGCGAAUAAGACGAACACAGUUUUGCAAAGCCUCAAUUUGAAGCUGUCCAAUCUGUCUAGGAGUUUGAGGUUCAAUAGGAGGAGGAGAAAAAGGAGCUUGGUGGUACACAACAUAACCUCGAUCGAACCAGACUCCGAGUCUGAGACCAACGAUACAUUCAGUGGGUCCAUCAACAUGCUCAGACCAAACUGUAAACACCCAGAGUACAUUGUCUUCACGUGGGUUUUAUGUAUGGUAGCUUUAGCCACGGCUCUGAAACUGUACUACCUCAUCAAGCUCUUUUUGGCCAUACUGAUGGUUGUAAUAUAUACGUCGCUGAUUCUUAGGCCUACAGAUAAUAUCUUCAGGUUCUUCACCAGCAACCCAAAAGCGGACAUUCCAAUGUCUUCCCAGAUGUUGAUCUUGCUCAACGUCUUUUUCUUGAUGGUGGCAUAUCAUGCUAGACUCGUGGAAGUGACUUCUAGACUGGACUUUCUUUGGAAGCAACAGGCAGAACGGGAAUUGAACGAUAUGGAAGAAACGAGACAUAAUAAUACGCAGCUUUUGAAAAAUAUUCUACCCGAUCAUGUGGCACAACAUUUUCUUUCUAGUGAAAGAAACAGCGAAGAACUAUAUGCUCAGUACAGGGAAGAAAUCGGUGUACUCUUUGCAAGUAUACCAAACUUCACGGACUUUUAUUCUGAAGAUAUCAAUAAAGGCGUGGAAUGUAUUCGCCUUUUAAAUGAAAUAAUUGCUGAUUUCGAUGAACUUCUAGAUGAAGAGCGGUUCAGUACCAUCGAAAAAAUAAAAACUAUCAGUGCUACCGCAACGUACAUGGCUGCAUCUGGGUUGAAUCCGUCACAUAAGGAUCUGCGCAAUUCUGACAGCCCAGAACAUUUGUGUGCACUGGUAGAUUUUGCCAUGGAGAUGCGCGUCAAACUAGACGAAAUCAACAAGGACUCGUUCAAUGACUUCGGUCUGCGCGUAGGAAUUUCGUGCGGACCCCUCGUAUGCGGAGUGAUCGGAGCAAGAAAGCCAGUUUUUGACGUAUGGGGCGACACCGUUAAUCUGGCUAGUCGCAUGGACUCCACUGGGGUCAUGGGGACCAUACAGGUGCCAAGGAAACUGCACAGAUGCUAGGUAUGAGAGGGUAUGAAUUAAAAAAGCGUGGCAUAGUAGACGUCAAAGGAAAGGGCUUGAUGGAGACCUACUACGUGACAGGAAGGCAGGUGAAACGCCCUCCAAGUUUUCAAAGACAGCCAAGCCAUCCUAGCAGCUUGGCAGCUGUCGUAUACGCAUUAGCACAGACUAGGAGAAAACAUACUGUCAACACACCUGGUAGUGCCGUUUUAGGGCGCGCAAGGACACAGCAAAGAGCAGAUGGUAGGAGAAUUAUCAAUUAUAGUUCCAUGAGACUUUCACAGAGACCAGGAGGAUAUCCGAUCAGAAGAAAUACUACCAGGGCUCAUCAAAAACAAAUGCACGCUAGAUCCCAACCGAACAUGCGUCAACUGUCAGGCUCAGGCACGUACUUGGAGAACAUGAAGUCCAUGCGAUCGAUCGACCAUGAUCCUAUUCCAAAUAAUCAUCACAAAAUGGCGGUGUCCCAGUCUGCUCCUCACACGCCAGUUUCGGCUACCAGCCAUGAAGGGUCCAUCUUCAAAUCAGUGCCAAGGUUGUUGUCGGAGCCUAUCGUGAACAGAUCCAAAAGCUGUUCUCCUGGCUCAAAAGGUCACAGAGACAGAAAACUGGACUCGUACGCCAACGAUCUCAAUGACAGCUUCAAGAUAAAGAACACGAAUGUAGUAGCAGCACAGUCUCCAAGAAAGAAAGAUAGUAAGUUUUCUCUACGAUCGCCAUUGAUCAAAAGAGAAACCAAAGUGCAAGUUGAUAGAGAUAGGUUGAAUAAAGUUCACUCUUUGGAUGGGACUCAUGUUUAGGUGUAACUAGUUGGUAAAUCUGACCAAUCGAGUAAUCAAGCAAUUGUUGAAGUGAGAUUUGUAACUAUUAGUUAAAAGAUUAAAUCAAUAAAGUUGGACCAAAAUUGAUGCAUCAUCCAUGUCAGUAUUAUAUUAGAUUCUUAAUAUUUAUUUCUGUACUUAGAGAAGGAUUCAACAAAUUCUUUUGUCCUGCAAUUAUACAAUAGCCCAGUCCUAAUGGGAUUUAAUAUCACAAGUUAAAAUUUAAUGUGUUGAUAAUUUUCAGCAAUAAAAAUCUUAAACAGUUUUUUCUCAAGUAUUUUAUAAAUGUAUAAGUAUCAUAAUGUGAGUAAAAGUUUUUUUUAUUAUUUUGGCUACAUCAUAUUACAGAAUUAAUUGACUGUACGGAUUCAAAUUCACUUUACAUUUUUCAUUUUUCUAGCCUUUUUUACUCAAUUCCAAUUUGUACUGUCAUUAUUUUCUGAAGCAGACGUACUAGUAGAUUUUAUGACAUCGUCUGUGUUAUUGUGGUAAAUCAAAAAAAACAUUUUAAGAGAAGUUGAUGUAAUAUUUUUCUAACAUAAAACUAUUGACUUUGAGUAUAAAAGAGAGCAAGAAAGGUGAACAGUAGAGCAGCAUAACAUUUGUUCUGCAGAAAAUGCACAACAUUGUGAUGUUUUAGAAUUUGAUGUUUCCAUUAUCAAAUACUUUAGAUUAUAAUUACGUUAAUUUUAUUGUCAUAGUAAACUUAUUAACAAUAUAUGGAAUAUGUAUGUGUAAUGAAUGUAUUUUUUUAAGC